UCUGUCCGGAACGGCGAAUGUGAAGCCAACAGAAGCAUGGCUGAAGAUCUCGAAAAGGAUUAUUCGGCGUAUUUCCAAACGUCCAAUCUGGAUCAGGAGCUGAAACCCCUCAUCGUCGGUAUCGAUCGUAUGAUGCUGCGGCUGGAGGAAUUCGAUAACUGUCUUGAGCUCGUGAAGGCAGACUCGGCGGUGGCGCUAAUGCAGCACAUACCGCACCUGCUCGCGCUUCGGCCGGACCUGAACGCACUGUGCGAUCGGAUCGACGGACUAGAGCAGUUCGUUGCGGUAGUGAGCAAAAACUUGGACGCGGUCGAGAAGCAAGUACAGAUCGCCGAAGAGGAGCUGGACAUUCCGGAUAAAACGCUCAAUGUGCUGCUCAAAUCGUUAAAUUUUUUCGGCAAACCCAAGCCGACGGAUCGGCCCACAAAUCGGAAUGCGGCGGGUGCGUACGAACCGGUGCCCGUUUUUAAGACAGAACAUUUUUUUCGACCCUCCCCGACUUCUCCCGGAGCAGAGGUGCAACCAGCGCAAGACAAUGCUUCCCCUUCAGAUGACUGUGAUACUGGAACGCCAGAAAAAUAAAACAAGCAAUACAUUGGGACAAUAGCUUCCAUUAUCCGGAUUGUUGAUGACGGUCAAAGUGGGUGCCGCGUCGGAAAAAUUGAAAAUGCGAUUUGGCGCCAAGCGGCCAACCAGAAUAGAGAAAGAGGUUACUUGUUAAAGGACGUCGACAUGGGAAUCUCAGACAAUACAUGAACUCGAUAGUGUUCUCUU